ACACCCUCUGUUGGGCUUUUUACCUCUACUACUCAAAUUUUUUGGUCUAUUUAGUAUGGAAAGUAGACAACAAUGGCUUACCAGACUGAAAAAUGAACUUAGCAACAGUCCUCUGGUCUCAAAUGUGGCUUUUGGAUUUAUCCUCAUGGGACUAGAGAAGCUGGUGGAGCUGGAGUUUGAGUGUCCUUGCAAUCCUAAAUGGAAUGGAGUGUUUUCAUCUGCCUUCUUCAUCAUUCCUGCUGUCAUGGCCUUCACGUUGAUGCUGAUCAUUCAAGGAUGCAGGUGCGAUACGUGGUGCCGGAAGACUGUGUCUUUUUCCAGUUUUGUUCCUGCAAUAGUGUGGCUGAUCUUGUUGUUCCUCGAUGGCCAGUACUUUGCUUGUGCAAUGACAGACUGGAAGGGCAGAUUUGUCAUAGUUGAUAAAGCAGCACCGCAGAAAUGGUGUGAGCCAACUAGUGAGGGAGACGUCACACCGCAAGAACUAAUGCUCCGCUCACAGCAGCUAUUUGUUGUGUCUCAGGUUAUAGGUAUAUUUCUUCUCAUAUUCAUCUGUGUGGGACUCAUAGUAUAUGUGAUCAGAGAGAGCUGCCAGCAGGAUUCUGAGAUACAGGAUGCAGACGUAGCAGAGCUCACCGUGCUCAGGAUGAGCUCUCUGAGAACCAGGACGACGUGAGAGGUCAGGCUCCUCCACCACCACCACACCUGGCUGGCCUGCCCACUGAGCCAGCUCUCAGAUGGUUCUGAUGGCUCUGAGGCCCUUGCCAUAGCCCAUGCCUUGUGUGGAGACUUUGUAAAUUACCUGAAUGGACACCUUCGUUUGAAAGUACUCUUUCUAUUUGUAAAUAAGGAUUUUUGUGGGACUCUUUUUUAUUUUUUACCUUUUGCAUUUUCAAUGACCCCGUCAUUCAGUGAGUGAGUGCAUGUCAUGAAACGAAUGAAAGAAAAGGCCACACAUGGUUGCAUGCUGCACCCAUGGAAUGUACAUGAGAGCAACAUACGUGUAUACCAUGUGCAGGCUUUUCUUUCAUUUAUUAUCAACCUCAUUUGGCCAAGCAACAGUGGGGAAAUUUGGGAUGUGCAUAUCACUUACACACUCUCACACUCUCAUAUCAUGGACCUGCCUUCAAUGAAAUAUAACUGGUUGAGCCAGUUUUAAUUUGUUGCUUCAUGAUGUCAGUACCUCAUGUAUAUUUCCUACAUAAGACAUUUGGACUAAUUUCAGACCCAGUUCUAGGUCAUAUAGUAUGUAUCUGACGGCCAUAUUGCAGCUGGGCUGGGCUACGCUGCACUUUGCUUCCUAUGGUGCCCAUUCUGGCCAUCUGAAGGUAUGUAAUAAAGGACUGGUCUUUACCCUGGCUGGGAGGAGUACCUCUCUGGACUGGCCUUCUCAUUCUGUUGUGAGGCCCAUCCCAUCACUCCCAGACCACUGAGUCCCAGGCCCAAACCCAGGACCAGCUAAACUACAUACAGUAGUUGACGUUAUUCAGAGAAAAAGGAUAGCUCUCAUACUAAGCAGAAUAUGUACAUGCAGCACUGUUGAAAAGGAGUCAUGUUAUGUGUCAUCUCAUAUGUAACACUGGAUAUUAGGUUUAACCAGGGACAAAUUAAAAUGUAACAACUGGUCAUACCCACAGUCUGUCUGUACAAUGCAUUUUUUAUUAAAUAAAUUAUUUAUUUAAUGAAAAAAGCUCAGGCUUUUGUACAGUGAUGUAACACGUGCAGAAUACAAUAUUAUUACUUUUGCUUGACUAUCAAAACAGAAGUUAUGCCAUAAUUUAUAUGAUCAAAUAUAACAAAUAUGAAAUGCUUUUGGCUGCAGAUGUAAUAAGAUGAGAAAAAAUAAGAAACCCACACACUGCUCUUGAUAGUAUCACUGCUCUUGAAUAAGCUUUACGUAUCGACCUCAAGGCCUUCAGAAGAGCAGUGAUACUAUCAAGAGCAGUGUGCGGGUUUCUCCUUUUUUCUCAUCUUAUUCAACUGUUACCAUGCACCUGUAAAAAAGAUAGCUCAGAUGUUCAAGUGCCUUUUGAAUUUUGAUCUGCAGAUGUAAUAAAACAACGCUAUUAUCCAUCACUGUCAAGUAUGCAACUAUCCAUUACGCUAAUAAGUGGUAUCAAUCUCUCUUGCCAGUAAAUAAUGUAUUUACAUUUUUGCUUUCUCAAUGAAA